AGAAAAUAGUCUUGUUCCUAAGUUAAUGGAAUCUGCAUUUCACUUCUGCUGUAGUCCCCAAUCCACAACAUCGCUAAUUCGUAUCCCUUCCUCGAUGAUCACUCAAAGGAACCCCGUACUCGGUUUCAGAUACAACGCUUCUUCGCAAUCACAUUCAGGCAGUUACAAACUCCGGCAUGAUCCUUACCACGUUUACUAUCGAACUCCACAUGCUGUGGACAGGUCUUUGGGACCUGAAAUGGACGAAAAAGGUGACGAUAGAAUGGUCGCAAAGCACUCUGUGAGGGCGUCCGUGGUUUUAGCUUGUGCCCUAAGCAUCAUCGGGUGGAGCUCCAACGUGAUGAAACCGAUGGCAAUAGCUGGUCCUAAGCAGCUUUAUCAGAAAGCUCCUCCGGCUAUGUAUUCGACCAUAUUGUUUCCUAUUGGAGGGAAGGCUGCCCUUAAAUCGUUGUUGGAUGUGAGUGCUUGUUUGGCUUCUGAUCAAAAUGUUUUUCCAAGGGGUUUUAAUUUGGACCAGCUGCCUUCUUCCCCUUCAAAGGAAGAUGUUGAUGUCAUUAAGAUGGAGGCAGUGAGGCUGGUGAAAAUGGGAAAGCCAGAAGAUGGGCUUGAACUGUUGUACAAGGCUUGCAACAAGUAUAAAAAUGACUCUGAGCCUGCAUAUAAUGUGGAGAUGGCACUAGUUGAAAUUCUUAUAUGUCAGGGAAAGUACAAAGAAGCCUCAGAAUGUAGAUGCCUCCAAGAUGACUACGGCCAUAGUUCUGACGUUCGCUUGUAUCUUUACAGGGCCAUUAUAUACACCAUGCUGGACAGAGAUGAAGAAGCAAAGAAAUGGUGGAAAGAAUUCAGAAAGACUAUUGGAGAAGGAAUUAACCCUGCAGAUUUCGAAUAAUAAAUAUGCACUUUAUAUCAUAACUAAAGAAAAAAGUUUGUUUAUUUUUGUAAAAUUUUAAUUUUACUGAUACUUUUUCAAACUAUUUAUAAAUAAUAUACAAUUAGGAGGAAUAUCUAUUAAAAGUUUUUAGUUAUGUUGUAAAAUUUUAAAAGUUUUUUUUUAACUUGAAAAAUGAAUAAUCUAACAAUAAACCAUUGCGUCUUAUAUUCCUAAACAAAAGUAUGUAGAAUACUUGGUUGAAUUUGUGAAUUGAAGCAUGGUUUCGUUAGGUGAUAAGAGUAAAGGAGGAAUUUUGAGUUUGAUAUCCAUGAAAUAAAGGUGGCUUACUUCGUUGUUUUAAACUCAACCCAGCUUUAAGAUAUUCUUUUAUACUCAAAAGGGUAUAAGUAUAACGACCACAAUGGCACUCAAAAUAGAUUCAGCACCUAGGAAUAUGAGGACAAGAGUUCUAAGGCAAAUAUUCAAUGUAUGUGCCCUCUUCUGCCAUAACAGUCGAUGUAUCUGAGUUUGAGUGAGUGAGUGAUAAAGCAAAGAUGAAACGAUGAGGGGUAUAGAGAGAGAGAAGAAGAAGAAGAAGAAGCAGAGGAGACUCAAAAUUAAAAAAAAAAAAUGGGUUUUUUUUUCUUUUGCAGAGAAUGACGAGACAGGAAGAUGAGGAGAGAGAGAGAGAGAGAGAGAGAGAGAGAGAGAGAGAAGAAAGAGGAAGAUGGAGAUAAAGAGGCAGGAGAAAACCGAAAUUAAAAAAAAAAAAAUUAGGUUUUUGUAUAAACUGCAUCAUUUAUUUUUUGCCAAACACGAAACACACAAUAGUUUUUAAUUUUAUUUCAUAAAAAACUAAAUAGUUUUUAGGUAAACGCUUUUACUUUCAAAAUCUACGGCACAAGUUACAACUACCCCAAACACCUAUGGAAGAAGAAAAAGAGGGUCCUGGUUCGAGAUUAAAAAAAAUUUGAGGUAACGAGAGAAGAAAAAGGGUUAGUUUAGGUUUCAAUAGGUGGCUGGUUUUUGGAAGAGUUUUUGAGAUGGGAAAAGGAGAGGGGGAUAUAAUCGGGUUUGGGGAAGCCAGGGCCAGAGAAUGAGCCGGAGAAACAGAAAGAGAGCAAUCAAGGGGGCUCGUUCUGCGUUUCAGGCGAAGCAGAGAAAGAAAAAAAAUUCAUGUAGCUGAGAAGAAACGAGUCUGGGAUUGUGAGAUUAAGGAGAAACCGAGAUGGAACAAGGGAGAAAAGAGAAAGGAGGAGCUUGAAUACUAUUUUUCCCAAGUCAAG